AUGGCGACAACAUCCCAGGCCCCCCUGCGGUUUACCUCGCAUCACAACCUCGUUUAUCGCCUGGUCCUCUCAACCUUGACCGGCCGCACCGUACACAUCUCGCAAAUUCGCGCCUCCUCGCCCACGAACCCUGGUCUGGCGCCGCAUGAGAUUUCUUUCCUGCGCCUGCUCGAAGCUGUCACCAAUGGCUCCCAAAUGGAAAUCUCGUACACGGGUACUAUUCUUGUGUACAAGCCCGGCUUGGUCACUGGCAGUGCAAGCGGAGUUGGCGCCAGUGGCGGUGUAAUCAGACAUGAGCUUCCAUCAAACUGCAGUCGCGGAUUGAGCUACUUCUUGAUUCCUCUGUGCUUGUUGGCCCCAUUCUCCAAAGCGCCUCUGAAGGUCCUUUUCUCUGGACCCGGUGUGAUUACCUCCUCGACCCCGACAGGCGAUAUGUCUGUCGACAGCGUCCGCACCGCAAUCCUCCCGCUGUACAACCAAUUCGGCAUGUUCAACAACGUCGAACUGCGCAUCCUGAAGCGUUCCAACCCAGGACCCAAUGGCCGCGGUGGCGGUGGUGAGGUUCAGUUCACGUUUGGCCAUCAGAUUCGCCUACCAAAGACCCUACACCUUAUGAAUCCCGGCCGUAUAAAGCGCGUCCGCGGUGUCGCAUACUCGAUUGGUGUCUCCGGCUCCAACAACGCUCGCAUGAUCGAGUCCGCCCGUGGCAUCCUCAACCCCCUCAGCCCAGACACUUAUAUCUUCUCCGACGUCUCGUCUGCGCCUCUCAUCUCCGUUCCGGACAGGAACAACGCCAAUGCCAAGAAGAAGAUCGGUCUUGGAUUCGGUCUGUCCCUCGUUGCUGAGUCUUCCACCGGCUGCCUCUUCUCUGCCGACGUUGCCUCCCCACCCUCCGGCGGCGAAGCCCCCGAGGAUAUCGGCAAGAAGUGUGCUUUCCAGUUGCUCGAGACUAUCUCCAAGGGUGGCUGUGUACCCCCGGCUGCGGCUACGACUAUGUUGACCCUUAUGACUAUGGGCUCUGAGGAUGUCGGACGUCUCCAGGUUGGUCGGGAGGUUAUCGCCGACCCUAAUAUGAUCCAGCUUGCUCGUGAUCUGGCCAAAUUUGGUGCUCCGGGCUGGGGUAUCCGUGAUGCUGCUGGUGAGAACGAGGAUGGUGAUGUGAUUAUUAGCGUCGUUGGUCGUGGAAUUGGGAAUGUGGGCAGGAAGGUUGCUUAA